UAACAUGUGUCUCAAAAGCAAACGUUGAUUUUUCUUAUUGAUUGUGAUCUCAGUUGGUUCCUAUACUGCAAUAAAUGAAUACUUCUGCAAUCUAAACACCCGUAUACUAACCGUAUCUAAUAAAAUUAAAAUUAGAUUUUAAUGAGAGUUACAUUAGUUUCUUGCAUAAAUGUUGAGAUGUAAUGUUUCGGUAUAUGAUAACAAGUUUUGUUUUUCAAAAUCAAGUCUUUCCGCUCUUGAUCUUUGUUGUUUGGUAUUGGCUAAUGCAAACUUGCUGUAUGGGAUCUUAUGGAAUACGACCAUCUGAGUAUAGUAUAUGGUGAAAACGCAAGGUAUUAUGAAGGUGAAAAAAUGCCGAAGAUAAAACAUAGCAAGCCAGGUUUGCUGUCAAUGGUGAACUGUGGCAACAAUAUGUUGGGGUCACAAUUUUUCGUGACUCUCGGCAGUGAGCUGCAGUCUUUGGAUGAGCAUUGUGUUUUUGCAGAGAUUGCCGAAGGUAUGGACAUACUAUUAAAAUUAAACGAAACCAUCUGUGAUGCUCAACAUCGGCCUUAUCAAGAUAUUAGGAUAACUCACACUGUCAUCUUGCAUGACCCCUUCGAAGAUUUAUCUGGACUUGUAAUUCCCGAUUCCUCACCACAACAAAGUCAACAGGCUUUGGAUAACGGUCGUAUUGGAGCGGACGAAGAGAUCGAUGACACAGCUGGGCUGACAGCGACACAAGUGGAGGAGAUGAAGAAGGAGCGAGAGGCGAAGGCGCGAGCCACCAUCCUGGAGAUCGUCGGCGACCUCCCCGAUGCCGAGAUGGCGCCGCCCGAAAACGUGCUGUUUGUCUGCAAACUGAACCCGGUCACCAACGACGACGACUUAGAAAUCAUUUUCAGCCGAUUCGGAAAAGUCAAGAGUUGCGAAGUGAUCAGAGAUCAAGAAACGGGGGACUCUUUGCAGUACGCUUUUGUGGAGUUUGAGGAGAAGAAGGCGUGCGAGGAGGCCUACUUCAAGAUGGACAACGUGCUGAUCGAUGACCGCCGCAUCCACGUCGACUUCAGUCAGAGUGUCGCUAAGAUGCGCUGGAGGGGCAAGGGCCGGGGGGUCGAGCAUUUCAACGAAAAGGGUAAUCGUAAGGAGAGUGACAGACAAAACCGAAAGGAUAGUUCAAGGAGAGAAGCAAAGCCCGAUUCGAGAAACUCCGAUUCCAGAAAAAAAGAUGAAAAACAUUCGCGCAGGGAAGAAAGUUAUGAUUCGAAUAGACAGAGUGCAAAGAAGGAUUACGAAGGUAAAAAAUCGGAAGAUAAACGAAGAAGAGAAAUGAAAAAGGAUGAGGAUAGUUCGAGAGGUAGGAGAGAAUCUGGAGAUGAAAGAGGGGAUCCUGGAGAUGAAAGAAGAAGAAGGAGAACGCAUGAUACUGGUAGUAGAGAUAAAAAAGAAGAUACGAGGAGUAGUAGAGAAUUGAGAGACGGAAAAAGAAACAGCAGAAUUGAUGAUAACAGAGAGGAAAGAAGAGAUAAAAGAUCGGACGGUAAUAGUAGAGAUAAGAGACAACAUUCAAGAAUGGAGAGCAGCAACUUUGAUGCUAGAAUGGAUGACAGCAGUAGGGAUGAAAGAAGAUAUGUUAGAAUGGAAGGCAGUGGUAGAGAUGAAAGGAGAGAUGUAAGAAUGGAAGGAAAUAGUAGAGAUGAAAGAAGAGAUGUAAGAAUGGAAGGCAGUAGUAGAGAUGAAAGAAAAAAAGCUAGAACAGAAGGCAAUAGAAGAGAUGAGAGAAGAGAUGCUAGAACGGAAGGUAAUAGUAGAGAUGAGAGUAGAGGUUUCAGAAUAGAAGGCAAUAAUAAUAGAAAUAGAUUUCCUCAAGAAAAUGAUGACAAUAGAAGAGUAAGACAAAUUGAUCCUGAUUUUGCUAGAGAUCCAGUUACAGGUCAAACUUGGGAAACCCCGUUUCGAGUUGUAGGAACAAAUUAUUAUGGUGAUUAUGGACUGCAUGAAGAACAUCGAGCAGUGGAUUCAAGAAGAGAUAAUUCCCAGCGAAGAGAAUUCGAUUCCCCUCAAUGGACAAAGGAUAAGCAUGAAAGAGGUAAUGGUGCCGAAGAGAGAGUACAAAGGAAGCAUGAAAGGAAAGUUGAAAAGCUAGAAGUGGAAAGUUCACGGAAUGGAUUGCAUAGGAAUGGCCAUGAAAGUAGUCGAGAUGAAAGGAGAUAUGUGAGAAUGGAAGGCAGUAAUAGACCUUCUCCCUCAUCCAAGACGGGCAGGGAUCGCUCUCGGGAUGAGACAUCGUCGCCUCUGGCUGGAAGCUCCACUCAAAAUAGUAGUAUUGCCAUCGAACAAAGUGUCUCCUCACCAUCACCUGCUACAGAACAAGCAGCCAACACAAAAGACAAGAAUGCGAAAAAGAGGAAAAAAGACGAAGAAAAACCAGUAAAGCCGAAGAAGAAGAAGAAAUAUUCAUCAAGCAGUAACAGUGAUUCAUCAGCCAGCAGUGAUUCAGAUUCAUCAAGCGACUCCUCCUCCAGUGAUUCGGACUCAACUAGUCGCAAACGGAAGGCUAAAGUUAGAACGACCAUUGCCAAAAAGUAUUACCACAACGGUAAACUGGUCAAGAUUGUUAAGAAGAAAAAAGACUCCUCAACAGACUCACACUCUGAUGACAGCUCAGACUCUGAUAGUAACAAAAAGAAAAAGAAUAAGAAGAAAAUCCGAGCGAAGAAAAUUGUGAAGAUAAUUGAAAAGAAGAAGAAGAAGCGCAAGCAAGACUCGUCUGAUGACAGCGAAAGUGAAGAGUCCUCUUCAUCAUCAUCGUCCUCAUCGUCCUCCUCCCAACAAUCAGACUCCGAUUCCGACACUCAAAAGAAGAAACGCAAAAUCAACAUCAAAAAGAAGCAGAAGAAAAGUAAAGAAAAAAUUGUGAAAAAGAAGAAAAAACUUAAACAAGACUCUGGGAUUGAUGAAAAAGAGAAAGAAGAAAAGUCUAAGAAGUCCAGCAAUUAAUUCUUAUGCACUAGUUUUAAAGUGGUUCUUUUAUCAAUAAAUUGAAUACUGUGUAGCCUUUUAAUGUGCAGUUUCUAAAACUUAUAAUCAAUGUCGAUAAAUUUAGAUUUUACAAUUUAUCUAUUUAACAAUCAACUAUUGGUUGCAGAAAUAUUAAUUUAUUUCAUUAAAAUGAAAUGAUCAUAGUUUGUUCAACUGUCCAAUACAAUCUGAACUAAUCUAGUCGAUUCUAUUUUGGAUAUUAUAGGCUAUAUAUAUACAGAUGAAACAUUUUAUUUUCCACAAACAUCGUGUGCCAGUUAUUAAUUCGAUUACUGUUUAUUACUGUUUAAUUAUGUAUUUAUUCAUCUAUUUUAAUUAUUUAUUUAUUCAAGCAUUGAAAAAACACAAUAAUCAAAAUAUAAUUAUAACCAUGGUGGAAAACUAGGCUGAGCCUGCACCAUUUCUCUCCAAAAUUUUGAUAAAAAAUGAAUGUUGUCCAAUGUUGUCUAAUAUUAGGUUAUGAAAUCACACAUCACUGUUUCGCCACUCAAUUUAGUCUUGAUAGUUAUUUGAAAAUUAAUAUUUAUAGGAUCAUUGUUACUAUUUAUUCUAGUGGAACUUUUAAUUUGAAAAUUAAUAUUUAUAGGAUUAUUGUUAUUAUUUAUUCUAUUGAAACUCAUAUUUUAAGGUUACACAGUACUUACUCACUUUCUAUUUUUUUACCAAUGCGUUUUAAAUUUUCACCAACCUACUUCCUCAAGUUUGGAAGGAAUGGUUAGAAGUUACUGUAGCCAGUGUAUUAUGGUAGAUAGAUACAUGUAUUUCCAUUUGCACUCUAUAACAGUUAAAAGUUAUGUAGGCGAAGUGGAGGCAAUAAGUGCCCCCUCUUCCACUCAACUCACCAUGUUAUCAUUUACAUAAAAAUAAUAAUAGCCUACACCUCAAUGCAGGUUAAUUUACCGAGAGCCGAAUUAUUAAAUCCAGAAAUACGAUACACUGCAGUCCCUCCUAAUAUUUAGGCCAGAGGAAAAAUGUUUGGAACAUAAUUUUUGACCCUAAAGUUCUGUUUGGGAAAGUAGAUGUUGGAUUUGGGGAGCUUUGUUCCAGUAUUGAAUAACUGGAAUUGGGUUAUUUUUAAGAAUAGUAUGGGUUUUAAUAUAUUGAAUAUUACGGUAUUUAUUUAUUUUCUAUUAUUGUUGAUAUGGUUUCCUUGGUUUUAUGCAUAUAGUAUCUCGAAAACUAUGCAUCUUACAGACAUAAGUACUGUAUACUGUACAAAAUUGGUCAAAUCUUACAAACUCAAAGAUGACAAGCUUCUUAAAUCUGACUAUUGAUAUUGUAUCUCUUAUAGGUUUCGAGAUAUUCUCUAUUAAAAGUGUGAUAUUUGAAAAAAGUUUAGCUUCCAGUUUUUUUGAUUUUUUUAGUUUUAUUACUUUUCAAUAAUGAAUAAAAAUUAUGAGCAUAUUACAAGCUUAUAGAGAUAUAGAGCAUUAAAUUCUCUUCAAUUCUAUUUAUAAUUCCACUAUUUUAUGCAUUUCCCUAUGACGAUUGUAGCAGUUCUAUCAUCCUCGGUUUCACCAAGCUCAGUUUAAGACAUUAGCCAGACACGAUUACAUGAUUGUAGUGUGCACUGAAGUCAUCGAUAGUAACCGACUACCGUCCUUCGUAAUUUCGUCAUAGAAAUCAUAUGUUCUAGUGCACUCUUUGUGAAGGGGACCUGAUUUGACCCAAUUCAAAUAUCUUGACCGAGCUUGGUAAAAGUAGUCACUGUAGUUUACUGUAGGUGAAACCAAACAUUCGUGUAUACAUUGAAUGCGUAUAUGUGCAAUAAGUGCAUACAUGACCAAGCGCGCAGAUGAGAAACAAAAUCUGAAAAGAGCAAUAGGAGCACUCACACUAACUUCACACUGAACGCGUGCACAUGCUGGUAAAGUUAAGUUUGAGAAGCAACAGACAAAUUUCAACUUGGCUCUUCCGGAUUUUGUUUUCCGGCUCUGAUGUGCACUUGCACAUACACGAAUCCAAUGUGAUCAUACCCUUGGUGUUUGGGGAAAUCUUCAGCUUUGCAAUAUAUCAGUUGACAGAGAACCUUGGGAGGAAAUGUUUGGAAUUUGAAACAUUUAAUUUGCAGCUUCUUUGAACUAGCUAGAAGGUGAAUACCUAUAUCAAAAGUCCUCAAUCACCUCCUCUUGUGCUAAAAGGCUUUAUUUGGAAUUUGCAUCAUUUUUUAGUUUAUGCUUAAUCUUACACGCUGACUUAUAUCUUUAAGUUUCAACUAUAGCUUGUCUUAUUUAUUUUUAAGACUAUGUGUUCUACCGAAAUGAUCAACUAUAUAGCAAUAAAGCUUGAUAAUUUCCUAAAAGUUUCAAGUUGGCCAGUAGAGUUUUUAUACCUAUCUCUAAUAGUUUCCGAGAUAUCUGCUUUUUGACAGUGUGAAACUACGGACAUUAUUUUAUGAAUAACAUGGGUUAAAAAUGCUCAAGAUGAAUUUCUCAUUUGUUUAAUAAAUUUGACUCAUUGUGACA